ACAAAGUGAGUGCCACGGACGACGCUUCCUGGCACCAUCAAUCGCUGCAUUGCCUCCAUCUCGCACGACUUGCGUCCGCUUGAGUGUGUCAUUGCGCCAGAAGUCUGUUUCGUCCAUUUGCAUAUCCAUUCACCCACUCGUCUGCAUCGAGUCGCUUGCCUCUGUGCUCCAGUCAGAAUGAGCGAGGCCGACACGACCACCCAGCCCGCCGAGGCUGUCCAGGCCCCCGAGGUCGCCGAGGACAAGGCCCAGCCCAUCGAGGAGGAGGCUCAGCCCGCCGAGACCGCACCUGAGGCCACCAAGGACGAGCCGGCCAGCGAAGAGCCGGCCAGCGAGAAGCCCGCCGACGAGAAGCCUGCCGAAGAGAAGCCUGCCGAAGAGAAGCCUGCCGAAGAGAAGCCCGCCGAAGAGAAGCCUGCCGCCACCUCGGGCAAGAACAUCAUCAAGACGACGGCCAAGAUCGACCAGGAGAACCCGCGCAACAAUGUCAAGUUCGACCCCAGCACCCGCAAGGACGUCGAUGACCCCGAGGCCAUCCGCAAGCAGGUCGAGUUCUACUUUGGAGACUGGAACUUCCCGCAAGAUAAGUUCAUGUGGGAGUCCUGCGAGGGAACGGCCAACAAGCCCAUGCCCAUCUCCAAGAUCCACUCGUUCAAGCGCAUGCGCGUCUUCCAGCCCUACAGCGCCGUGGUCGCGGCGCUGCGCGAGAGCAAGUUUCUCGAGGUGUCGGGUGAGGAGGGCGAGGAGGUCAUCAAGCGCAAGGUGCCUUACAAGCCUAUGGCCGAGAGCCGUGCCAAGGCUGAGGCCGCAACCGUCUACGUCAAGGGCUUCGGCGACGAGAACCCCGACACACAGUUUGACCUGGAGAGCUUCUUCGCGCAGUACGGCGAGAUCAAGGGCCUGAAGCUGCGCCGCACACCCGAGGGCCUGUUCAAGGGCUCCGUCUUCGUGACCUUCCCCGAUGAGGAUGCGGCCAAGAAGUUUGUGGCGCUGGAGCCGGCGCCCAAGUACAAGGAGCACGACCUCAAAAUCAUGACCAAGAAGGACUACUGCGAGGAGAAGAGCGACAUGAUCCGCCAGGGCAAGCUGGAGCCCAGCUCGACCAGCACCAAGCGGUUCUUCGAGGGCCGCGACCCCAGCGCCAAGAGGGGAUACCGCGGCAAGGACAAUGCGGGGCCACGCGACCGCGACGACUGGAAGAAGCGGCGCGACCACGACCAGAAGCACGGCUUCCAGGGUGGGCGGGGCGGGCGCGGUCGGGGCCGGGGCGGCAGGGGCCGUGGGUUCGGGCGCGGGGGCCGGGACCACGGCGGCCGAGACCGCGAUCGCCGGGACGGCAAGGGCGAGGAGCGCCGAGACGACUUUAAGGAUGCCAAGCCGCGCAUUCAGUCGACGAGCGAGGACGCGCCGGCAGCCAACGGCAAGCGGGCGCGCGAUGACGAGGGCGGCGCCGCCGAGGGAGCACCGGCUGCGAAGAAGGUGGACAGCAAGGAGACGGCUGCGGCCUCGUGAGAGUAAUUCGGAGGCCAUGACACAUUCACAAAGGCGUUAUCUUGUUCUGGAAGGGACGGGCAGCAAAAGACGAAUGACUUUUGACAAUCAGAGGGCGCACCGCGUCUGGCAAUGUAUGUUUGGGAGACGCGCGCGCGAAUGGGGGAAUCCGUGAUGCUGGACGAGGCCCGGUCCAGGAUCGGGGCUGGGCAGGCUUGUUUCGCAUACUAGCAAAAUCGUUUUUGCCUCUGACAAAUAAACUGGCG